CCAUUAUCGUAGGCUCACCAUGCUGGCGGGAUCUAUCAGAAAUAGCUUUCGCUCCCCUAACGUCUCCCGUCUCAAUUCACUCGUGUCUAUAAAUCGGUUAUAUGCUCAUAGAAUUACGCACCCCAAAGUCGCCCCUCCUACUCUUGGUUUGCCCAGGCAGCGAUCUACGAUGAUUACCCCUUCUAUCAACACCGGAGCACCAAGCCCAGCACUCUUUUCCUACUCCUCCGGCCGUUAUCUAUACAAUGAAAAGCUUCGCUUCGAGGAACGCCAUGUCCAGUUCAAGGUCAAUGCAUUGAAAGAAAUAGCUGCUAGUGCCGUGGGUAGAAAGCAAGUUGUUCAUCUAGAGAAGCUUGCGGAGGGUGGCUUUAACCGAGUAUUUGUCCUUACCAUGGACGAUGGUCUCGAGGUGAUAGCCAAGAUACCGUAUCCCCUUACAGUCCCAAAAACAUAUACAACCGAAAGCGAAGCUGCCACACUCGAGUUCCUGCGGCUAAAGGGUAUACCAGUUCCACGAGUUUACACGUAUUCUUCCACGAGCGAAAAUACCGUGGGCACUGAGUAUAUAAUCAUGGAAAAAGCUCCCGGACAGCCACUCGAACGGCGUUGGUUCGAUCUUUCUCCAAAGGAAAGAGUUCGGUUGGUCACCAGCUUCGUCCAAAUUGAACUAAAAUUGUUUUCGAUUCCGUUUGCCUCUUAUGGGAGCCUGUACUACAAGGACAGUUUGCCUCAAGACCUCCGAGCAGACCUCUACAAUACAGCACCGGGCGAGGAGGAAAAUCGUUUCUGUAUUGGACCCUCCGCCGAUUACAUGUUUUGGCGAGGGAAGCGUGCUCUACUUGACUUGGACCGCGGGCCUUGGAAGGAUCAUCGUGACUAUGUUCGGUCAGUGGGUCAGCGAGAACUCGAAUGGACCAUCAGAUACGGCAGGCCUCGGCAGAAUGACUUUCCCCACAACACCAUAGUCAAGGGCGAGAUCUCCCCCGAUGCUUACGCCGACCUUUUGAGAAAGUAUGUUUCGAUGUCCCCACAUAUUCUGCCCGGAGACCGCGAGAACCCAAUGAACCACGCUACCAUGCGCCACCCAGACCUCAAUCCAUCGAACGUCUUUAUAACGGAUUCUUGCGAGGUUUCUUGUAUCAUUGACUGGCAACAUUGUUCGAUUCUUCCUUUGCUACUGGCUGCGGGUAAUCCGCCACUCUUUGAGAACCCUGAUGCCGAGCCCCCCAAAGGCCUUGUGAAACCCUCUCUUCCGGAGAAUUACGACUCAUUGACCCCGGAAGAAAAAUCCCAGGCUGACGAACUUCACCGACGGAGAAUGCUUUUUUAUUUGUAUAUGGUUUUCAACGGCAGAGACAACAAAGCUCAUCUCCGGGCGCUUCGUUAUCCACUCUUGGCAAUGCGACAACAUGCUGUUGAGCGGGCUGACCGACAGUGGAGCGGUAACGUGAUAACCUUGAAAGGGGCACUCGUUAGACUUUUAGAGAAUUGGGAUCAGUUGAUUGCUGACAGUCCGCAACAAGUUGAAUGCCCGAUCUCCUUUGAUAAAAAGGACGUGGAGGAAUUCCUUGUUGUCGAAGACCAAUGGUUCAAAGCCACAAUAUUGCUCGAGCAUUGGCGGUCUAUUCUAGACGGCCUUGGACAGGAUGGAUGGGUCAGGCACGAAUCAUACGCACAAGUCGUGGAGACUAACAAAAUGUUGAAAGAGGAAUGGAUAUCACAAGCAGAGGAUGAAGAAGACUAUGAGUCUGUCGAUAAAUUCUGGCCAUUCCAGGACCACGAGGAAGAUGAUUAACAUGGUGGAAUCAUCAUUAUCAUGACAAUUACAGUGUUUAACUCUCCCCCUUGCUUAUAUGACCUGACCUCGGUGUGCGUAUCCAGGCCUUUUCGUUGGGACUAAACACUAAGAGGGUAGCAUAUAAGGGUGCUUCUGCCAUGUAUUAGUCCUGUCGACCCAAAAAGAGCCAACCAAGUAAAGUAGGUCUAUGUUUAUCACAAGGCUGUUAAU